ACAAAUCCAAAACCGCUCUCAUAUUUUCUCCUCUCUCAUUCCCUCUAAAAAAAAAGUCAUUUUUUCUCUCUCAAAAGUCCCUCGCACAAUGGCGUCCCCUCGCGAGGAGAGCGUGUACAUGGCAAAGUUGGCAGAGCAGGCCGAGCGUUAUGAAGAGAUGGUGGAAUUCAUGGAGAAGGUGGUGGCGUCCGCGGACGGAGGCGAGGAGUUGACGGUGGAGGAGCGCAACCUCCUUUCAGUAGCAUACAAGAAUGUGAUUGGCGCCCGCCGCGCCUCCUGGCGUAUCAUCUCCUCAAUCGAGCAGAAGGAGGAGAGCCGCGGUAACGAGAGUCACGUGUCCGCGAUAAAGGGAUAUAGAUCUAAGAUCGAAUCUGAGCUCUCGUCCAUCUGCGAAGGGAUUUUGAAACUCCUCGACACAAAGCUCAUAGGAUCCGCGUCCAGCGGAGACUCUAAGGUGUUUUACCUGAAGAUGAAGGGAGAUUAUCAUCGCUACUUGGCGGAGUUUAAGACUGGAGCCGAGCGGAAAGAAGCCGCUGAGAACACUCUCUCGGCUUACAAGUCGGCUCAGGAGAUUGCAAAUACAGAACUUGCCCCAACACAUCCAAUCAGGCUUGGACUUGCUCUCAACUUCUCAGUAUUCUACUACGAGAUACUGAAUUCUCCUGAUAGGGCUUGUAAUCUUGCUAAACAGGCUUUUGAUGAGGCAAUUGCGGAGUUGGACACCCUUGGAGAAGAGUCAUACAAGGAUAGCACUCUGAUUAUGCAGCUUCUACGUGACAACCUUACUUUGUGGACUUCAGACAUGCAGGAUGAUGGUUCUGAGGAGAUCAAGGAAGCACCAAAGCAAGAUUAAUAGUAAAAUUUUAUGAUUUACGAUUUGAGUGUUUUGCUAUGUGGUCUGUUUUUUUCAAAUUGAAAAUGCUACUUGUAGCCAGUAAUCUCUAUAAUCUACUUAUUUGCCUAUCUGAAAUUUUAGAAGUUUCUUAUCUCUAUCA